UCAACAACUACAUUGGUUGUUAGCUUUUUUUAAGAUCAGCCUGUUGCUAUAUAAGAACGUCAUAUGUCCCACAUAUUUUCAGUAACCAAAUGGCAGCAGUAUUCAAUUGAUCAUGUGGCUACAACUUUUUUUUUCGCUGUUGCUGGCGCAAUGCCUUUUGGCUUUGCCAGCACCAAAAUCAGAUGAAAAUUGGAGUGUGGAAAAGGCAUGCAGUGAAGUUACAAAAUCCACUUCACUUAAAAACCAGGACGAUCCAACUUGUAGCAGCUUUCUUUAUUGUUAUGUAUCCAGUGGAUCAGCUACUCCGUUGAUAAAGAAUUGCAAGGCAAACGAAUAUUUUGAUUCGACUACACAGACCUGCAGUUCCAAAGUUCCGAGCGAAUGUUCUGGAGGGGAAAUAGAGCCAACAGAACCGUCAGUAAAGAAGACAACCACUGAAACAAGCGAAGAAAGCUGCCAAGAUGUUACACAGUCCACCUCAAUGCGAAAUAAAAAUGAUCCCACGUGCAACAGCUUUGUAUAUUGUUAUGUAACUAAAGAAUCAGCCACUACGAUGAUAAAGAAUUGCAGGGCAAACGAAUAUUAUGAUUCCACUUCAAAGGUCUGCAGCCACACCAAACCAGAUGAUUGUAUCUAAAUUUUUUAAUUCUAAGAAUCCAAUUGUUAUGCUUAUUCCCAUUAAAUGAUGUCAAUAAAAGAGCAGUAAUCUUGAUAGCGAAUUCACAAAUUGCGAAGAUAAGAAGCUUAUGGGUGGUUAAUGUUUUCAUAGACAUGUUUCAAUUGAUUAGGUGGCUGAUACGGAGCUUUUGGUGGAAAAAACAAAUAAUUUUAACUAAUAUAACAUCAUUUGAAUUGAGAUUCUUAAUAUUAUAUGUAGUUUUUGGUAACACUUUAUUGUAUCAAAUGCUGUUUGGGAAUUAAAACAAUCUAAUUAAAAUUUUGUGGCUCCUCCAAAAAGUGUAAGAUAUCUAACGAAACCAAGAAAUGUUGUCGACAAGUUAAAGUGUCGUUUAAAUAAAUAAUGUUCUCUUUUAUAUAUUUAAAAAGAACUGCGCCACCCCUAAGUCCUAUUAAUGUAUUUAAAAUGCACAUAGAAUUUAAAACUAACAU